CUCCGCCACCUGCAGGUUACACUGCGAAUUCUAAAUUGCUCUAGUCCAGGUUAUAACUCAUUUCAGGCCACGUUCACGAUGCAUGUAGCUUCCGCCACAUUGAUUGCCAUCCUGUGCUUUACCCUAAGCUCUGCACAAUCAGGAAAAGGAAACACCAAUGGAAGGCUCAAAUUGACAAUACUUCACACCAACGACAUUCACUCUCGGAUCCUCGAAAGUGAUAAACGGGGAAUGCAAUGCAACGAAGAAAAACGUAAGAACGGCAAGUGCUUCGGCGGCAUCGCUAGGAUUGCUUACCAGGUGCGGAAGCUGAAGAAUGCUGCGAGAAAUGUUCUGUUCGUCAAUGCUGGAGACUUCUAUCAAGGAACUCUGUGGUACUCGAUACUUAAGCACAAGAUUGUGUCUGCAGCAAUGUCUCAAAUGUCUUACGACGUGGUGUGCCUAGGAAAUCAUGAGUUCGACGACGGACCGGAGGGACUGGCUCCAUUUCUUCGGAAAAUGAAAGAAGCUAAAAUUAGGGUUCUGGGGACGAACCUUGACACAUCUGCUGAGCCGAGCUUCCGGCAUAUCUCGCUGCCGAGGUCCACAGUGUACAAUAUCGAAGGACGCCAGGUUGCUUUUCUGGGUGUGGUUACAACGGAAACCAUAACAAUCGCCAAACCAGGUCGCAUCAGGAUACUACCAGAAAUUGAGAGUAUAAACAACGAAAUUCGCCGUCUCAAGCAGCAACGUAUAAAUAUAUUUUUCUUAAUAAGUCACGUUGGCUUCGAUGUUGACCAAAAAAUUGCAGCCGCAUGCCCUGAUCUCGAUCUUAUUAUCGGUGGACACACGAACACGUUUUUGUACACAGGCAAGCCCCCAGUCGACGACAAACCUGAAGGGCCAUACCCGGUCGUCUAUAAACGACGAGAUGGAACACAGUGCCUUAUUGUGCAAGAUUUCCGAUUUGGAAAAUAUCUAGGCUAUCUCCGGAUGGAAAUUAAUCGAGACGGAGUGAUCACGCACUGGGCUGGUUCUCCAAUAUUGCUGAGCCAGGACGUACCCCAAGAUUUACAAGUUCUAAACAGCAUGAUGUCAUACAAACAAACUGUGGAUGAGGCGAUCAAAAGAACUGUGGGCUCCACAAAAGUCUUGCUGGAGGCUGAUGAAAAGUUGUGCCGAUACAGGGAGUGCAAUUCUGUGAACCUGAUGGCUGACUCCUUCCUUGACUUCUACGCAAACAGGAAUAGCCCUGUGUCAUCGGCAUGGUCUGUAGUAAAUGCCGCCGUCAUCAAUGGAGGCAUCGCGAGGGACUCUAUCCGGCAGAAAUCGAACGUGACCCUAGGAGACCUGCUGGGGGCCAUGCCAUACGACAGUGACUUAGUCGUGAUGGAUAUGAGUGGAAGAGAGCUAUAUAAUAUGUUCGAAUACGGAGUUAGUGAUUUUACAUGGUAUCCAGACUUGAAUGGGAAAUUUCUGCAAGUAUCAGGUGCACACGUUGUGUACGACUUCCGCCAGCCAAAUGGUCGACGAGUUGCAUCACUGAAGGUAUUAUGCGCCAAUUGUAGCGUACCGGUGUACAAACCGGUUAGGAAGGAGCGGGUGUACAGCAUCGUGACGACUUCAUUCAUCGCGAACGGAGGUGAUGGAUUCGUGUUUGGUUCAGGUGUUGCUAAGCGCACGGAAGGUGUCAGCGCCUUAGAUGUAUUUGCGAAGUACUUCAGCAAAACGUCUCCGGUGAAGACCCCUGAAGAGGAGAGAGUCAUCGUGCUGAACCUUCCGAAAAGAGGAGUAGGUUCACCAUAGCGCAAAAAAAAGAAGUUGGAACACCAAAAGUACCUUUCUUCUACAUAAAAAUUUUAACUCAAA